UUUCUCUUCGCACCAUCUUCGUCUUCCCUCUGUCGCGUCUCUGCCUUCCUCUUCCUUCUUUCUCUUCUUCUAGGUUUUUUUUUCUCUUCUUUCUCUUCUUCUUCCCCUUUCUCUCCCGCGGCUAAAAACGCUUCCAUCUUGUCUCCAGCACGGCAUCGCAACAGCUUCUCUCCAGCAGGACAAGCAACUCGAUUGAAAGAGCUAAAAUCAUGUAUAGAGAGACUGAGAAGGCCACAUACAACAUGGAACAUUGUUGGUGUCUAUUGAGACACCAAUCAAAAUGGCAGCAACACGUGUCCAUGUUGUCAACUAGAAGGAAACCACAUGGGAAACGCCAUGCUAUGGCGGAGUCGACUCCACUAGGAGACGACACGAUAGAUGACAAUGAAGAGGUCAUUUUUGAGAGGCCUCCAGGGAAGAAGACUGAGAAAGAAAGGGAGAGAAAAAGGAAGGCUGCAGAAUCUUGUGAUGCAGAAUUUGUUGAGGCCUUAACUUGCAUGACAAAUGAUAGAGCUGUUUUCAUGUCUGAAAGAAGACAAGCAACUAGUAAAUUGGAUGUUGAUAGGGCUCAAUUACUAGUGAAGAAAAAGAGGAGAAAUGAUACGGAGAAUAGGAAGAUCGAUAUGGAGAUAAUGAAGAUGGAUCUUGCUGGCAUGAAUGGAAUGCAACGAGAAUAUUUCUUGAAUCUUCAAAAAGAGGUUUUUGAGAAAUCAAGGAAGCGAUUUUCAUCUCCAUCUCAAUCUUUAUCUUUUGAAGAUGUGUAGUAUUUUGUUGGUGGAGAGUUUUGGGGUUGUAGCCUAUGAUAUUUUGUGGUGUUUUGUUAUUUUGGAUCAUAAAUAUGGGUGUGAUGUUCAU